AUGAAGGUUUCUUCAACAAGUUAUUGUGGAACCAUAACCAUUGCCAAUUCCAGCUUCAAGAAGGACAAGGUUGAGUGUGACAAAGUUGUGCAUGUGCUUGAUGAGUGUGGAGAAGAUAUUAUGGAUGGAGAGUGUCUCAUUGAUAUGUUUAGUGAGCACAUGGGACGUGCUCAGAAGGAGGAGGUGUGUAGAGGCAGAGAGGCCACUCUUAAGAGAAAGAAAAAGAUGGAGAAACCACAUCCUCACUCUCUUGAUCCAUCCCCAGGUGAUCCAGUCAAACCCCACGGUUCUCUUGCUCAUGCCAUGGCUAUCACUGUCAAAGGCGUGCAGCCCUUCACCAUUCACUAG